GCUAUUGGACAGGAAAUGAAUGAGAAAUCCGUACAAGGAUCGAUGAAAACGGAAACCACAAGCCAACUUUUUUUUUCUGUGUGUACUCCAAUUUGUCCAUGGCUUUACGGUGCCACUGCCUUGCAUUAUGAGAUCGCCCACCGACACGUCCAAAGUUUUAAUCCCGCAGGCCCAUUCUCAGUCCAUGUUGCAAGUGUUGGCUGGUCCCGAUCGCGACAGUGGUAUUGCCACCGAAGCCGAGUCGGAUGUGGACAACAACAAGGCGCCAGCUAUUAAAGCGUAUCCUUUUAGCGACGACGACGAUCAUGAACCCAAAGUAUCCGGCAAUGUCGCGCCGUGGACUCCGCCCGUAUUCAAAUCCAACUCUUACUACGUUAAUCAAGCCGAUCAAGCGGUGGUGGCUGUGAAACAGCUGGUCAAGGACGAUGGGUGGAAAAAAGCGCUUAAACACAAAAGUGGCGUCGUUGUUUAUAUGCUGCAAAAAUCGUCCAAGGCCAAAUCCGCCGUAUUCAAGGGCGAAACUGUCAUUCAAGGAUUUUCACCCCAGUCCGUCUUUUACGUUGUGGGCAUGCGCAAGCUGUGGGAUGAACAGUUUGACCAAGGGCACUUGAUAGAGAACCUCAACGAAACAACCUCCUUGACAUACGAAUCAUAUUAUCCGGUCAAUUCCUCAAGAGCAUACGAUGUCACGGUGGUGGAAAAAAUUGAUUGUUCCAGUGAUGGUGUGAUUGUUUUUGCGUGCACCAGUGUAGAGACCUCGCAGGCCCCGCCAGUGCCGGGAAAAAGCCGGCAUCAUAUCAAGUUGCAAGGAUGGAUAUUAAAGCCGUUGCAUACCAAUCCGCCUUCCACCAAAGUGACUUUUAUCACCGAGGAACGUGUCAAAGGGUGGAUUCCCGGAUUUACCAAAAAAUCACUGGCCCGACGUCCGCUUGUGAUUGCCGCCAUUGAUGCUUACCUCCAACGUAAAGCCGAACGAUUACGGACGCAAAUGAAAGAAACAUCCGAUGCUUCCCACCGUCGGCCAUCGUACGCUAGUUCUACAUUGCGAAAACGACCUUCCAUCCUGUCAUCGAGUCCACCUUCCCGUCCGUCUCCUUUCAGCAAUUCGCAUCCCGCACAAAGUUCACCCACCCUCGGUCCUUCAGCGCGUCGUGCUCGAUUGUCACCCCAAAGUAUCCUUAACCAUCCACCACCCCCACGAUUAUCGUCUUUGCAAGCAGCGGGGACAACCACGACCCGUCCACCUUCUUCCGAGCGUCACAUCAAAUUUGCUGAAGCGGAAAAAUCGUCCUCACUGACCGCUUCUCCUUCCAUCCCUUCCUCGUCAUUGACUCCUUCAGAGACAUUAGACGACAAGAAAAGCAAUGGAGCCACCACCGAAUCUUCUACCAGUCAUCGACUUUAUCCACCGAGUCGACAUCGUUCUGUGCGAAAGCAAUGCAUGGAAACCUUGAAACGACUGGCUUCCAGUGACCUGGAUGAAUGGAAACAGCACGGGGAACGGAAUAAUACCCAACUGUAUUCCAAAUCCGUUCAAGGAUCGGCUUUGCCUAUCCUACGUGCGGAUGGCAUGAUCGGUAAUGCAUGGAGCGCCGAACAAGUGUGUUCGGUCGUGCAAAGCUUUGGUGCCCGAAAAGUAUGGGAUGAAUUUUUCGAAUCAGGGGAAAUUGUGGAACGAUUUUCACAAAAAGAGUACUUGAUGCAUACUCAGAUGAAAAGCGUAUUCCCUAUUCAUACGCGAGACUUUGCCUUAUUGACGACGAUCGAGAGCGAUGCUAUUUCUGGGACCAUUCACGUGGCGAGCACCAGUGUAUCGGAUAACCUUGUUUUGGAAACCAAGACGAAUAUUCGAGGCCGCAUGUUGAUCUAUGGUUGGGUGUUGCAACCGGAAAAGAAUGACAUGGGUAAAUUAUUAGGCAUCAAGACAACAUUUAUAUGUCAUAUGGAUCUCGGAGGCGACAUGCCGCUACCUCCCGCCAUUAUUCGAUUACUGACCACCGAAGUCCCGGCUUGCCUGGACCAUGUUCAGUGGUACCUCCGGCAACAUGGAUGUCCUCCCUAUAUUCGACGCGUGGCGGGCAAAGUGCGAGAGGAAAUCUUUGAUUCCAAAACAAAGACCUACCGCAUCACAUACACGGCCAAGCAUGAACCUUCACGACAGCAUCAAACAAAUCGAUUGCUUUGGUGUACGGAUAUUCGCACACAUGCCAGCAUGUAUGCGAACGGGUACCACAUUGUCACGCGACCAUCGGAUGGGGUUCGUGUGGAAUUGAGGGCCGACCUGAUGGGGAUCCGAGUGUACACGGACAAAGAGAGUCUCGAUGGACAACGAGUGGAAGUUCAGAUAAUACCCAACACUGAGUGUCCUCCCGGCCAAAUCGCGCAGUUCAGUUGCAAUGAACAACCCCUGAAGUUACCUCCCGGUAUGGUCUGUGCGGGGUCGUCUGGCCCCCAAGAAUUGGAAGAAAGCGACGAUUUCCGCAUUGAGAAAAGCCAGGCGUCCGAAUCAGCACAACAAACAAUACAUAACCUUCUGCCGCAGGCACUUUCAGAGAAAUAUGUGCAGAAGGAUCACAGUGUACUUGUUAUUAGUGAAGAACUAUGGUUUACGGGUCCCCAGCUAUCGAUCAUGUUUCUAUUAAUGACCAUCUGUUACUACAUGGGCAAAUUAUCCUGUCGCUGCUGAGCAUGGAACCCACAACCAAUUCGUUCGUCCACUCAGCACAUGAAAAACCAGGAACGGAAAUCAAAGGGCCGAGUCAGCAUACACAUACCCACACAUACCCACACACGAAACCAAGAAUACGGCAUUGAAUGAGAAAACAAAAAAAAGGGACCAAAAAAAGAACCAUACAAAGAUGGAGAGACCACCUCCUUCUUCCCGUACUUCUUUAUUUGCCCAAAAAUAGCUUUCUAAGCAGAGAAAGACAGAAAAAAAGCGAGAGCGAGAGAAAGAGAGAAGUGCCCAAAAAAAAAAGAAGGCGUUUCGCUUUUAUCUUACUUUAUCGCCAUUCCCGUCUUCCCCCCCCCCCCUUACCUUUCCCUUUACCUUUGUACCA